AUGUCCAACCAGGACUUUUAUGGUGGUGGAAACCAAAAUCCCUACCCACCACAUCAGCCAUAUGGUGCCGCCCCACCUCAGCCAUAUCCUCAACAACCUCAGUACGGUCAAGACAACACCGCCUACCCUCCUGCCCCAAAUUACUCCCAAAAUCCCUACCCACCACAGAACCUUCAACCACCAUAUGGCGCACCGGGUCCUUCUCCAGCACACUCCCCAGGUCCCUACGGAGCUCCUCCCCAGCAAUCUCCCUAUGGACAGAACCCCUACCCUCCUCCAAAUGAUCCAUACGGAAACCAACAACUAAAUGCCUACACCGAUAACCGUGGCUAUUCCCCAGCGCCCACUCCUUAUGGCGCACCCGCUCCCUAUGGCUCUGCACCCCCCGGUGGUGCACCAACCUACCACGAGCCCGGCGCUAAUCUCCCACCCCCACAACUCGAUGCCAACGGUCAGCCCAUUGAAGGCGAUCGUGGACUUGUAUCUAUGGGACUCGGCGCCGCCGGAGGCUGGGGUGUCGCAUCUCAAACCGGUCGCGGCACAAUGGGCAAACUCUUGUAUGCAGCUGGUGGAAUGAUCGCUGGACAAUUUCUCGGAAACAAAGUGAAGAAAUAUAGAAAAGAUCACAACAAUCGGGAUGUAGAAUACUAUGAGGAUGCACAAACUGGACGGGAAUGCUCGCCGCCAAGAGAUGGUGAGGGAUCACACUCGCAGCAUGGUGGGUAUAGGGAUGAAAAGUAUAGUGGUCAUGGAGGAUAUGAAGAGGAUAGGCAUUCGAGACAUCAUGAUCAUGGACAUCACGGACAUCAUGGACACGAACAUAGAAGUCAUUCGAGGCAUUCUAGCCAUUCUCAUGGAAGACGUCAUGAUGAUGAUCGGUAUUAG